CGGCCUGGACCGUUGGAAACCGUUGUUUGUGGAGGAGUAGCGCGCACGCCCGCGCCAGUAGCCUCGCCGUGGCGGUUGUCAUGGCAGCGACUGCGGGACCCGGAGGGAGCGAUAACGCCGCCAGCGCCGCCGCUGCUGGGAACGACGACGGUGGCGGCGGGGGAGAAGGGGACAGGGGGAGCCCCCCCGGCUCGGAGUCACGGAGCCUAGGGCCGGGGGGGCGAGAAGAAGAGGAGGCGGCUCCGGGGCCAGGCAGCGCGGGGGGCCCGGCUGGCCAAAGUCACGCGCCCUCGUCGCCGCCCCCCCGAGAGGCCGAAGUCACCGUGGAGAUCGGCGAGACUUACCUGUGUCGGCGCGGGGACGGGACGUGGCAUUCUGCUGAAGUGAUCCAGUCUCGAAUUAAUGAACAAGAAGCCAGGGAGGAAUUUUAUGUGCACUAUGUUGGCUUCAACCGGCGUCUGGAUGAGUGGGUUGAUAAGAACCGUUUGGCCCUUACAAAAACAGUCAAAGACGCAGUGCAGAAGAACACAGACCAGUACAUGAAUGAGCUCUCCGAGCAGCCUGAGCGCAAGAUCACCCGCAACCAGAAGCGAAAACAUGAUGAGAUCAACCAUGUGCAGAAGACUUAUGCUGAGAUGGAUCCCACCACAGCAGCUUUAGAGAAGGAACAUGAAGCAAUCACCAAGGUGAAAUACGUGGACAAGAUCCAUAUUGGAAACUAUGAGAUCGAUGCUUGGUAUUUCUCACCUUUCCCAGAGGAUUAUGGAAAGCAACCCAAGCUGUGGAUCUGCGAGUACUGCCUCAAGUACAUGAAGUUUGAGAAGACCUACCGCUAUCACCUUGGCCAGUGCCAGUGGAGGCAACCACCAGGCAAGGAGAUCUACCGCAAGAACAACAUCUCAGUGUAUGAGGUGGAUGGCAAAGAUCACAAGAUUUACUGCCAGAACCUGUGUCUCUUGGCCAAGCUUUUCCUGGACCACAAGACCCUCUAUUUUGAUGUGGAGCCUUUUGUUUUCUACAUUCUUACUGAGGUCGACAGGCAAGGGGCCCAUAUCGUCGGCUAUUUCUCCAAGGAGAAGGAGUCACCAGAUGGUAACAAUGUGGCCUGCAUCCUCACCUUGCCCCCAUACCAGAGGCGGGGUUAUGGGAAGUUCCUCAUUGCUUUCAGCUAUGAGCUCUCCAAGCUGGAAAGUACUGUGGGUUCACCAGAGAAGCCUCUCUCAGACCUGGGCAAGUUGAGCUAUCGGAGCUACUGGUCAUGGGUGCUGCUGGAGAUCCUCCGGGAUUUUCGCGGUACACUUUCCAUCAAAGAUCUCAGUCAGAUGACGAGCAUCACACAAAAUGACAUUAUCAGUACACUGCAGUCACUGAAUAUGGUCAAGUACUGGAAGGGACAGCAUGUUAUCUGUGUCACCCCCAAGUUGGUUGAAGAGCACCUCAAGAGUGCCCAGUAUAAGAAGCCUCCUAUCACAGUGGAUUCUCUUUGCCUGAGAUGGGCACCUCCUAAACACAAACAAGCGAAGAUUUCCAAGAAGUGAGGGAACAGCAGACCAGAGGAAAAGAAGAGGUUCCACCUCCAUUUACAUCUACAUUUUAAGAGAUGGUCUAAAGCCAAGCAUUUGUGUUGGACUUGCAUUGACCAGAUGUGCUUUUGAGCAGAUGGGUUGGCGAAAAGGGGUGGGAGGUGCAUUUCCGCUGUUGCAGCCUCUCUGCUUGAGUGCUGUGGUUCACUGGCUCUUUCGGGUGAAGUUUCGCUGCCUUCCUGCUCCUCCUCCUAUUAGGUGGCACAUUCACUCCUCCCCCACCGUGCUAGAGCUCGUACGCCCUGUUUUCCUCCUCCUGCAGAAUGUUACUGUUGGGAUCCACCCUUUGAAGCAGUAGAGAAAAGGAAUGCCCCUCUUUUAAUCUCAUUCCUUUUAGGCCUGAAAGUACAGCCAGUUUCUGAGAUGCUCGACCACAAGACCAGGCUUUAGGCUGCCUCUAUGUCUUGUGGCAGGUGGGUUAUACAGGUGAAGGAUUAGCAGCAGUGCAUGACAUAAGCAGCAGUCUAAUGGGUACAAAGGAUGUGGGAAGCCAUUAGCAGACAGUGGGUCGGUAGCAGCACCAGUAUUGAAGGGAGAAGUUUCCCAAACCCAUCACUUUCGCAGAGUUGAAAAAGCUGGUGGCUUUUUCAUCUCAGUACAUGUACUGCUGUCAUCAUCUUGCCACCAAAGAGAUGGAUGCUAAAGAACUGGAGCUAUUAAAAUUCUGGCCCCUGCCUCCUUUUUGUUCCUGAGCCCCCCCCCCCCCCCGGUUUGGGAAAAGCAAGGGCAAUGCAUGUACUAUUGACACUUGUUCUUGAGUUUAGGCUCAGCUAAGCUAGAGGGGAACUACGCAGAAGGGACUGCAGCUCCCCUCUCCUCCAGCAGCUGCUAAACUGCCUCUAAGGUUCAGUCAGGAAUAGCAACAGGAAGCUCUUGAAAAAAGUAGCAAGCUUGCCCUCCAGCUGUUGAGGUUGUCCACUUUUAAUGGAAGAGACCCAGAAGGCAGGUGCUUCAAGCUAAGUAUUUGUUUUUGAAAGCAGCCUUUAUUAAAAGCAACAGACAAUAGCCAGGUAGAAGAAGAUGCUGCCUAGUGUUUUGUCAUGGGUCUCUCUCUGCCCCCGCCCUCUUCCACUGGGGGAUCUGUCUUCACUGGUGCUCAGUGAGGGGGGGAGUGUCCAGCAAGCCCCUCGGCCCCAGUCAGGCGAAGAUGGAGGCUGCUUAUAUUUUUGCAGCCAUCUUCUUGCAUAGUUCCUGGGGGCAGGGCUGAGGCCUGCAUCAUCCAUGAUAGGAAGAAAUAUCCACAUGGUAGUUCGGCUACAGCUCUUAGGUGCACGCUCCAUGUAUACGGUGUGUUUUCUGUUACCUCAAGAAGUAUUUUAAUAAAAAAAGACAAAAGUA